GGCGGGGCUCCCGGAGUCAGUAUGGAUUGACGAUUGGCUGAUCCAGGUGUCCGUCACGGCAUCCCGCCUCCGCUCUACGUCACAUGACGCAGCCCAUCAUGGCGGCGGGAGCGCGGCUGCCUGGGCCCGCGGCUCCGCAGGCUGGGUGCCGUUGCUGCUGUUGAGGGGCGGCGGCGGCGCAGACGGGCGGGAAGGAUGAUGCUAGCUCUGCGGCCAGAGCGGCGGAUGCAGACCGGGAACAAGGUUGACGUUUGGCUAAAGAGACGUGUGUCCCGAAGCAGCCGGCGCCGGUGUCGCUGAGGCGGCGCGGAGGGCUGACUGACUGACUGACUGACUGAAGGCGGCGACCCGAGAGCCCGCCCCGUGGGGGACCGCGCGGUGGACGAGAUGCCGGGGCCGCCGGCGUCGUCGCCGUCGCCGCCGCCGAUGCUGCUGCUGCUCCUGCUCCUGACCGUCGGCAGUGCCCGGGCCGCGCCACUUCCGCAAACAGGUGCAGGGGAAGUACCUGUUGUAGAAGUUCCCUCCUUGUUUGUGAUCCUGUCGGUGUGCAGUUUAAUGAUACUGAUAGUGUUAAUUGCAAACUGUGUUUCCUGCUGUAAGGACCCAGAAAUAGACUUUAAGGAAUUUGAAGAUAAUUUUGAUGAUGAGAUAGACUUCACCCCACCAGCAGAAGACACCCCCUCUGUCCAGUCCCCAGCAGAGGUCUUCACACUCUCAGUGCCAAACAUUUCACUUCCAGCUCCAUCCCAGUUCCAGUCUUCUGUGGAAGGUUUGAAGUCUCAAGUUGCCCGCCACAGUCUAAACUACAUACAGGAGAUUGGGAAUGGCUGGUUUGGAAAGGUCCUCCUGGGAGAGACUUACACAGGCACCAGUGUCGCAAGAGUCAUAGUGAAGGAGUUAAAAGUCAGUGCAAGCCCGAAGGAACAAGGUGCUUUCCUGAAAAGUGGGGAGCCUUACUACAUUCUCCAGCAUCCGAAUGUCCUCCAGUGUGUCGGGCAGUAUGUGGAAGCCAUUCCCUACCUUCUGGUGUUUGAGUUCUGCGACCUGGGUGACCUGAAGGCUUACCUGCACAAUGAGCAAGAACAUGUGCGGGGCGAUUCACAGACCAUGCUGCUGCAGAGGAUGGCGUGUGAGAUUGCCGCAGGGCUGGCAGCCAUGCACAAGCUGCACUUCCUGCACAGUGAUCUGGCCCUGCGGAAUUGUUAUCUUACCUCCGACUUAAAUGUCAAAGUGGGCGACUAUGGAAUAGGCUUCAGCAGAUACAAGGAGGAUUACAUUGAGACAGACGACAAAAAAAUUUUCCCCUUGAGAUGGACUGCUCCAGAAUUAGUGACCAGCUUUCAAGACAGACUCUUGACUGCAGAUCAGACUAAAUACAGUAAUAUCUGGUCCCUGGGUGUGACACUGUGGGAGCUCUUCAGCAGUGCAGCUCAGCCUUAUGCCAACCUUUCUGACCUGGAUGUCCUCAAUCAAGUCAUUAGAGAGAGGGACAUGAAACUCCCGAAGCCCCAGCUGGAGCAGCCUUAUUCGGAUAGAUGGUAUGAAGUGUUACAGUUCUGCUGGCUGUCUCCUGACAAGAGGCCAGCCGCAGAAGAUGUGCACCGCCUGCUCACGUACCUGCGGCUGCAGAGCCAGCGGGACUCAGAGGUUGACUUUGAACAGCAGUGGACUGCUCUCAAGCCUGACACCAACAGCAGGGACGCAUCAAGCAGCGCUGCCUUCCCCAUCCUUGACCACUUUGCCAGAGACCGGCUGGGUCGGGAGAUGGAGGAGGUGCUCACAGUGACGGAGACCAGUCAGGGCCUGAGCUUUGAGUACGUGUGGGAGGCUGCCAAGCAUGACCAUUUUGAUGAGCAAGGCCGGAGCCACCCAGACGAAGCCUUGUCUUAUUCCAGUAUGUUCUUCCCCGUCGAAGCGUUUGAGAAUUCACUUUCAGAUCCUGGCCCUGGCAAGCAAGAUGACAGUGGCCAGGAGGUGCCCCUGAGGGCCCCUGGGGUGGUUCCCGUCUUUGAUGCACAUAACCUCUCUGUUGGAAGUGACUAUUACAUCCAGUUGGAAGAGAAAAGCAGUAGCAAUUUGGGACUGGAUUAUCCACCUGCACUGCUCACAACUGAGGUGGAUAAUCCAGAAAGGGUUGGAGCUGAGGCACCCCAUCUUACAGCCCUUAAGAACCUUGUGUCUGAGGAACCCAGUACAGAAGAAGAUUUCUUCCAGAGCAGUACUCACCCCAAAGAAGCCAGCUUUGCUGAAGACUCUCGUGCUGCCAGCAUCCCUGGGAGCCCUUUCAACAUAGUCAGUGACCUUGACAAAGCAGAUGACCUGCCCAGUCACCAAAAAAUAAUUGAUCUAAUGGAACUAAAUGGAGUUCAAACUGACUUUAAGCCAGCCAUCUUGAGUUCAAGCCUGGAUGACCCCAAAGACACCUGCCAGUCUGACAAAGAAAAGGCCCAUAAGCUUUUGGACCAGGACCCUCUGUGCUUAUCAGAAAGUCUUCUGCACCAAGAUCACUUUGAUCCACUGAGUGUCCAAGAACUGUCAGAAAACUUUUUAUUUCUUCAGGAGAAAAAUCUACUGAAAGGCUCACUGCCUGGCAAGGAGCAGGUGAACGAUCUUCAAACAGAACUUAGGAAUGCAGGUUUUACCUCAGCACCAUUAGAUUCACCACGACGAGGUUCCAUAAGUUCUGAAAUUGAAUUCCUGGAAAAUACACUAGACUUGACUUUGUCACAGGAAAACAGGAGUGGACAGAAUGAAGGCACAGGUGCCAUGCUUCGGGGUGGCACCUCACCACAGGCCUCCCCAGAAGUGCAGGUACCUCUGGCCUCACUCACAGAAGAAGGAUCUCCUAAUGGCCUCCCAGACUCAGUUCUGAGGCCAGGAGAAACCAACUCCUUUAUAGAUGUCACAGUCCCUGAGAACUCCAUCUGCUUGGAUCUAAGACCCGACCCUGUGACUGGCCCAGUUGAAAUUCCUGCUACCGAUGCCAAAACCCUUGAUGGGGGUGAUGGACCCCCAGACGUCACUUGCCAAAGCAAGGAGGCCUUGAAUCUAACCAAAAGAGACCCCAUCCUUGUGAAUGAUAUUACUGGUCAGGGUAGCAUGGAGAGAUGUCUUCCAGAAUUGAGACAGGAUUUACAAAAUCAGCCAUUUUCAGAAGACCCUCUUAGUGGCAGCUUACUUGAGAAAAACUCGGAAACUGUGGAGACUUUCAAUCAGCUUAAUUAUAAGGCUACCCCAAAGGAUGUGACCUUGGCAUCUGCCCUCUCCUCAGACUCCACCAGCCAAGAUAGCCUCUUAGAAGACAGUUUGUCAACACCCAUCCCCACCUCAGAGAAGUCUGUGGAGACGCCAGACUCCCUGGAUUCAGUGGAUGUCCAUGAAGCAUUGCUAGAGUCCCUAGGCUCCCACACCCCUCAGAAACUGUUGCCCCCCGAUAAGCCGGCAGACAGCGGCUAUGAGACAGAGAACCUGGAGUCUCCUGAGUGGACCCUACACCCUGCUCCUGAGGGCACUGCUGACUCAGACACAGCUGCAGCGGGUGACAGUGGCCACAGCAGUUUGCCUCCCAACCCAGUCAUCGUCAUCUCGGAUGCAGGAGAUGGCCACAGGGGUGCUGAAGGUCCUCCUCAGAGCUUCACGCUUGGCACCCAGAGUUCAUACCGAGACUCUGCAUACUUCUCAGACAAUGACUCAGAGCCAGACAAAAAGCCUGAGGAGGUCCCAGGUACAUCUCCGAAUGCCCUGGCAUUGGUAAAGGGCCAAUCCCCACCUGAGCCGGUUGUUCCAGAAGAAAGUUCUGAUGUCAGAGAAAGCUGCCUGGAAGCCCCACAGAACAAGCCAGAUCAAAGUCAGGUGUCUGCUUUGCAGAAUUCUUGUCACUCAGAACUUCAAGAAACCUUGCAGCCCACACCAGCUGAUGCUUCCAGAGAGGCAUAUCCUGUGGAUGAUGAGGCCGGCAGCCCCUUGAGUUUGUUGAAUUCAGAACUUAGCAGCUGCGAUGACCUGGAGACACAGGAAGAUCGCCCAUGCACCCUGGCCUCCACAGGCACCAACACCAAUGAACUCCUUGCAUACACGAGUUCCACACUGGAUAAAUCUUUGCCCAGCCACUUGGAGGGCCCCAAGCUGAAGGAGCCAGACAUUGAAGGGAAAUACCUGGGCAAACUUUGUGUGUCUGGGAUGCUGGACCUCUCGGAGGAUGGGAUGGAUGCAGAUGAGGAAGAUGAGAACAGUGACGACUCGGACGAGGACCUGCGGGCCUUCAACUUGCACAGCCUAAGCUCUGAGUCAGAAGAUGACACCGAGCACCCUGUGCCCAUUAUCGUCAGUAAUGAUGAUGGUAGGCACCUUCGGAGUUUGCUGAAACCCUCGGCCGCCAAGGCCAUUGAGCAGCUGCCGGAUGAAUGGAAGAAGGAAAAGAAGGCAGUGACAUUUUUUGAUGAUGUCACCGUUUAUCUCUUUGACCAGGAAACCCCCACCAAAGAGCUGGGGCACUGCGGAGGAGAAGCACACGGCCCUGGGCCCAGCAGCCCAGCAGCAUCCUCAGGUUCACCCUACCUAGGCAGGUGUAUGAACUCCGAAAGUUCCACGGAUGAAGAAGGUGGAGGCUUCGAAUGGGAUGAUGACUUCUCCCCAGAUCCUUUCAUGUCAAAAACAACAAGCCUUCUGGGUUCCAAGCCUUCUCUACAGACCUCCAAGUACUUUUCUCCUCCUCCACCGGCCAGGAGCACGGAGCAGAGCUGGCCACAUGUGUCCCCCUGCUCCCGGUUCUCCAUCUCUCCUGCCAACAUUGCCAGCUUCUCUCUCACACACCUCACGGACUCAGACAUUGAACAAGGAGGCAGCAGUGAAGACGGAGACAAGGACUAGGUGGAUGAGGACACGUUCUUCCAGCCAGCGGCGCUCCUGCUUGUCCACCUGAGCAACGACAUGGACUCCAUGCUGACUGGCACUGACUGGGACCGGCACGCCGGGAAGAGCUUCCUCUCCAGUGCUCGCCUGGGUUGCUCCUGCACUAGACCUGCUCGUGCUGGGCAUCCUGUUGAGGUGGCCACACUGCCACACUGCUCUGGCACACAGUGUGAGGACCUGUGCACCUCAGGCCAUAGGUCUGCGUCCUGUGUGGACGUCUGCCUCACCACACCUGUGCCUCCAGUCAGGGCGUGGGUGCCGCAGAGGGGCACACCAGGGGAGGUCAUAAGUGAGCCAUAUUUAUUAUCUUUAAGGAGAUCACUAAUUGCUCUUUGACUGCACUGUGGGUGAGUGUUCUGAGCUCCCAUAUUGUACAGCAUCCUAAAUUAUCCAAGGAAAACAUGGCAGGUCAAGCUGGUGCUGUCCACUGGUUUGAUUUUCUUUUUUCUUUCUCUCUCUUUUUUCCCUUUGUUUCUGUCUUGUGUGUUUGCUCUGCAUGGUACUGUAAGACUUCGAUAUUUUAAGUAUUCUUUUGUCUUCAGACCUGUGGGGACCGUACACAGGGACUCUUUCCCAGCCGUUCUGAUUCUGGGUGUUAGUGUUUUAUGUUCUUAGAGGAAAUAUUUUUGAUGCGGCCAAAACUGCUGCUGUGUUUCAUUGAUUGCAUCGGGCACGUUUCUGUAUGGGGUGGAUGCUCUGAACAGCCUGCCCUGCCUCUCGUGCUUUAAAUCUGUCUGGCAGAAAACCUGUAGGAGAUGCACCCAGCACUCAGUGCCCAGGGCCCUUUUCUGGUGAGGGGAAGCCAUGCACCACUUCCCCUGCACAGAGGCCGGCCUGCGGGAGCUGCCUCUCUCAGGCAGCUGGGAUCUCUGAGACACUGGUCCCCACAGAGCUGCAAGUGAGAAGAGCAGUUUGUAGGCCCUAGCACCCAGGAGACAGGCGGCACCCUGUAGCUGCAAGGAGGAGGGCAGGGACCCAGCAGUCCUCAUGGCCUCCCGUCCUGUAUCAAGCACCCAGCUCUCCUCUUGUUCUGAAAGGGAUCUCCCAUCUUCAGCAUAGCCUCAGUACAUCGUGGAAGCAAUCUGCUGUCCCCACACAAGAGUGAGGCCUCACCCUGCUGCCCCACUCGACCUCUGCUUUGAUAAAGGAAGUGUGGCUGGCAGUGCAGCGUGCUGAUGCCAUGCUGAGCAGGGACUGCACCUGCUGGGGUGGCUCUCCUCACGUGAGCUCCUCACGCCAGGUACUUCCUGGUGCUGUCCCCACUCUCCAGACUCCAGUGGGACAAUGGAAUGAGUCUCCAGGCCCUGGCUGGGACAUCGUGCAGUCAGUCAGAGGGACUUGGGCUCUCCUACAGAGUGCAAGUGCGGAUGUCGGCGUGAGUUUACGUAGCAAAUUAUGACCUUUAUUAUCAACUCUGAUUCGAUCCAUGAAUUUUUUAUACUAAGCAAUAAUUUUAUGAUCAACAGAAAUAGUUUGAGAACAGAGAGUCUCCUUUCCCCAUACUUGGUGCAGACCCUAGCAUGUCUGGACUCCAUAGGAAGCACUGGAUCUGUGACGUGUAUAUUAAAAACGGGGCAUUUGAAAGGAAUUUUGCCAAAAUUGUCCUGAGUUUUUGCUGUGUGGACUUUCUGAUUUUUUUUUUUUUUUUUUAAUUUUUACCUCUAUCUACCAGUCUUAGUUGAGAAAGAAAGGAAACGUAAUUAUAAUAAGAUUUUUUUUUUUCAAAUUAUAGGUUUAGGAAGUUUAGAUUCACUGAUUACAGUCAGGUGGAGUCAUAUAUAUAUAUAUUCUCCUUACGCAGCCAGCCUGGGAUAGACUUAGUGACAUUUGAGGGCUGGUCAUCUUUCACCAUGUUGAGGGGAUCUUGACAGUACAAUUCCCGUUUAUAUUUAUAUUGAUAUCGCUCUCAUGGUUAAUUGCCAAAACAAAAGCAUUUUAUAUAUUGAGUUGGGGGUGGGGUGGGGUGGAUCUUUCUGUGGUGUCGCAUGGAAGGGAAGACUUUGUAUAACACUUGUCAACACAUCUCCAGAAUCUCAAGCAAUAUGCAGACAUUUCAGUAGACUAAACUCCAGCCCGACUUUAACUGUGAGCAUGUGCUUUGCCAUCCAAUGUGGGGUUUGUUUUGGUUUAGAUUUUGGUUUUGGUUUUUCAAGACAGGGUUUCUCUGUGUAGCCCUGGCUGU